AUGCCGUCCCAAAGAGAUUACUUCCGCGUUGCCGGUGCUGGGUUUAAAAGGAAACAUGAUACCCUAGACCAAUACAGCAACGUUAGCUCAGAGAAGCCAUCAUGGCCGUACGAUGCCGUGUCGUCCUUAGCAGACCUCAAAAAGGGUCCCAACAGAGUCGCCUUUGAUGCAAGGAUCGUAAAUAUUUACGAUCAGCCCAAUGCAUACUUUGAUGACGGCGCAGAAAACAUCAACAGGUCAAGUAAGAAGAAGACGAAAAAACCGUCAAAAAAGGACAACGAUGAAGGAGUCUGUCAACAGGCCAGGGGAUGCUUGAAACUUAUCCUCAGAGACGAUACAGGCUACAUUCUUGUCAAGCUAUGGUAUGCUGAUAUAACAUACGACCUUCGACUAGGCAAAUUAGUCUCUAUAUGGGCAACACACAUAUCCCCGUUUAAACCACAGUUAAAAGGCCCUGGAAAAGUUGAUUCAACCUCUACUCCCUCGAAGCCAUUGACUCCUCCGUCAACGCCACCAAAAGACUUUCCAUUGAGCCUGAUGACAAGUAUCUUCCCAGAGAAGGAUCAAGGAUGUGGUAUCAAAAUACAUGAACGUGGCGAUAUAGGCAUCAUAGGGCGUAUACCAAUGGGAUAUAAAUACCCCUUCCCAGUGGACUCCCUUGUCGACGCUCCAAAGAAGCAUUCAAUGGGCAAAUCAACGAAGGUCCUAGUAUACGUUUAUGCAAUCGGGCCCGUUCGUGAGAGGCUAACUGAUGGACACAGCAGGGCCAGCCUCGGCCUUUACGGGGAAGCUAUAAAAUCUAGCAUGAAAUGGAUUCCCAAUUCCACGGUUCUUAUGAUAUCGAAUGCGAGCUGGAAACCGGGCUCAAGGCUAUACCUGACUUCCUUUACUCUGGUUGAUGUUGAUCCCGAGAGUAUUGAGGCAGAUGAGCUGAAAAGACUUGCAGCACGAAGAGCUGGGCAAGUUAAUCCCCCGUUUCCUACUGAUCUGUUUGAUGUCGAGGAGUUUGAAAGUUCCAUUCAGAAGAUCAAAUUCACUUUUGCCGAUGUUGAUGAAUUCGCCAAUUCCACACGAAGUGAAUUCAUGGGAUAUGCAUCAGUAGUGCUUCUUGAUAUCAAUCUGGCUGCCCUAUACAAGCAAAACUCACUGUUCUGUGCUGAGUGUUGUAAUGUGCCCGUUUUCUCCAAUUCUACGGUUGCCUUUUGUGGACAGUGUGAAUUAGAAGUCAAGCUGAGACUAAACCCGCAGGUCUUUCCAGAUUGGCUCAAUCAUAGACGAAACAGGGAUGAUAUCAUGCUUCCCUCCUAUGUUCAACUUUGCAACUGGCUCUGA